AUGGUCAGUAUCAACCAGUCAAGUGUCUCUGAGUUCCUCCUCCUAGGACUCUCCAAGCAGCCCCAGCAGCAGCAGCUCCUCUUCCUGCUCUUCUUCAUCAUGUACCUGGCCAUUGUGCUGGGAAACCUGCUCAUCAUCCUAGCCAUCAGCACAGACACCCGCCUGCACACCCCCAUGUACUUCUUCCUCAGCAACCUGUCCUUUGUGGAUGUCUGCUUCUCCUCCACCACUGUCCCCAAGACUUUGACUUCUGGUAGAGCAGGUGGAGCUUUUCUUUAACACAUGGAGGAGUGCUCAGCAGCUCAGAGGCAGUCAUCGUCUUAGCCCUAGAGAAGACAAGAGCAAGAUUUCAUCUGAAGCCCCAUGAGGUGACAGACCAUCCCAGUUCAGGUGAUGUAAAGAAGUCUUUCCUAAGCUCAAAGAUCCGACACCGGUCCUCAACUUCAGCUGCACAUCAGCAUCUCUGAACUACUGUUAUAAGAAUCACAAUGAGUUUAAAUGGCAGCCUUAAAACUUGCUA